AUUGCAGUGAAUAGAAGACGUGGAAAAUAAAUCCGCUGAACCAAAUUUAUUGAAGUGAAAUACGACAUGGCGACGUCGGUAGACAAACCGUCUGGAACGCGGGAGCAGAAAAAGAAAUCUAAAAACUUGGCUCGUGAACUUGCGAAUGAGAAGUCAAGGAACUUGGAGUUAAUGGAAGCAUUGAAUCGGAGUCAGAGAGAAAUUGCAGAGCUUCAAGCAAGUAAGCAGAAUAAAGCAAAAGGAUCGGGUGAAGUUGAGGAUCCUGAAAUCGAUUUCAACGCAGAGAAUGGCCUUAGCAGCACGAGACAAGUAGCUGGGCCCAGUUUCGAGGAAUCAAGAUUCUUGUCAUCGAUGAAUCAGCUUUCGGUCGCAUCUAUCAACGUCCCGGAAUGUAAAGCGACGGAUGACGACGGAAUUCACCGUUUUACGUACGACCAGUGGAAGGAUUUGCUGAUCGAUUCCUUGAAAUUAGCCGGAAUAGAAGAUGAGGUGACAAAAUUCACGGUGUUCAAAGUUAAAGCAGGGCCUCAACUACUCGAAAUAUUCAGAAACACGAAAUCACACGACAGUUCCCCAGAUCCAGUCAAGAGACCGUUUUCGAACGCAAUGCAGCGAUUGCAAAGUUACUUCGGCUCCGGAUCAGACGUGAUGCUAAUGCGACGUAAGUUGGCCAUGAUGAUUCAGAAACCGGAUGAAACGGAUCUGAAUUUUCUUACACGUGUUGGCUCAACUGCUCGGCUUUGCGAAUUCGAAGGCGAAAAGGAAUUUGAACAGAUUAUCGCUACAGUGGCAGAACACGCCAGAAACAGGGACGUUCGCACCACGGCACUCAAAAUGCUGAGCCGCAAGGGCACAUUCAUCGACUUGGUGGAUAAAGUGCGUGAAAUCGAGAGUAUUCGACUCAACGAAGAGUAUGUCAUGCGAAGAUAUGGAAAUGUUGAACAAGCAAUGGUUGCACCCGUUCGAUCCUUCUCCAAUUGGGAUAUCGCUCACCAACAGAGCUACCCAACACGCGGAGGCGGAUAUAUGAGUGGAAGUUAUCGAGGCGCACCUUUUCAAUCAAGACAAGCGUACAGAGGUGGAUACACACAGAACCAAAUAAACAGGGGACGACGUCAGCAUUCUCGCUUUGGCAGAGGCGGUGCUUCACAACCUAGCUCAUCAGAUGGAAACUGUUGGCGCUGCGGUGGAGUUUAUCACUCCCCGAACGACUGUAGGGUGAGAGAUAAGAUAUGCAACAGAUGUGGCCAAAGUGGCCAUAUCCAGCGAGUUUGUUUUAAUUCAGGCAAACGAGCAGGCGGAGGAUCUGUAGAUAAACCACCGAAUAAGAUUGCUGCAAUCGAAAUGCAAGAACAGCAUGAAGUGGCACCGGAAGCUUGCAACGAGGUGGAAAUAAAAUCAGAUUUGGUUAAUACCGUUAAGUUACCUACGAUUGAAGAGAAAACCCGAAAAUGUAGUCUACAACUCGAUCGACUUGAACCAGAAGCUAAAAUGAUUGACGAAUCAGAGUAUCUAGCCAAGAGUCUACAAACCAUCGCUAAGUGCGAAUUAACUUCCGGUCUCGAAAAUAAAAGUAUUAACCUCGUUGGCCAACCAGAGUCCAAGAAUAACAUGAUAAAUAUUCAUCACGUUUCUACUACCGAGAAUGUUGUUCACAAAUCAAUUCCGGACCCGCCAGAUACGAAUAACGGUGAGCUAGAAGAAUUCGGCGAUGGAGUUAUAAUGGCUAUCGUGGCUGGACUCAGAUGGCCAUUCCUAAUAGAUUCAGGUGCUCAGGUUAAUACUUUUACAUUGAAUGCCUUUAACCAGAUUAUGUCGGAUGCACGGUACAGUAGCGAGCUGUACAACGUGAGUUAUACGACCGAUCGCUCACUAAAAGCCUGUGAAGAUAUACUACGAUCAGUCGAAACCACCGUGCCGGAAUGUGUUUUUGAAUAUUCCAUUGGCUAUAAAAAGUUUGGUUGA